GGUGUUGGGGUGUCUCGGGGGGGUCUCUGGUGGUCCCUCCCCCCUCACUGUGCCCUUCCCCCCAGUGAGAUCAGCGAGAUCACGAGCAUCAAGAAGGAGGACGUGAUCUCCACCCUCCAGUACCUGAACCUCAUCAACUACUACAAGGGUCAGUACAUCCUGACGCUGUCGGAGGACAUCGUGGAGGGCCACGAGCGGGCGAUGCUGAAGCGGCUCCUGCGCAUCGACGCCAAGUGCCUGCACUUCACCCCCAAGGACUGGAGCAAGCGCGGCAAGUGGUGAGGCCACGCCCCCUCCCGGGGGACACGCCCACCCCACCAGGACACGCCCACAACGGGGACACGCCCCCUCACCGGGCCACACCCUCCUCAUUACCCACCGACAGUAAUUAAACAGCGCCCAGCCCCGCCCA